AUGAUUAGUAAUCCUAGUGAAACAAAAGUAUCAAAUUUUGACGACUUUUCUGUGUUUGAUGUUACUCCUGAUCCAGAUGAAUUAGCUAGAAAACAUAAAAAACCAAAUGAUCAUGGAAGUGUAUCAAUCAAAGAGUUAUAUAGAUAUGCAGGUUUUAUUGAUUAUAUUUUAUUAAUUGGUGGAAUUAUUGGUGCUAUGGCUGCAGGUGUUUUACAACCAAUGCAAAUGUUGGUUAUGGGUGAUAUGAUGGAUACAUUUGAUACAUCUUCUAUGCAAAAUAUGGAUUUUAGUAAUAUUUCAAAAGCAGAACAAAUUGAAAUGAAUUAUGAAUUAACUGCUUCUGUUGCAGAUACUAUUAAUGACCUUGUAUUAAAGAUGAUCUAUUUUGCUAUUGGUACAACUGUUGGUAUGUUCUUAAUGCAUUUCUGUUUCUUUGUAUUAUCUGAGAGACAAGGAAUUAAAAUUAGAAUGUUAUAUUUCAGAGCAUUGUUAAGACAAGAUGCUGGUUGGUAUGAUUUCCAUGAAUCUGGUGAAUUAACUUCUAGAAUUGCUUCUGAUGUCCAACAAAUUCAAGAUGGAAUGUCUCAAAAGUUUGGAGUUUUAUUCCAAACAAUAUGUGGUUUUAUUGCUGGAUAUGCAAUUGGAUUCUCUAAAUGUUGGGAUCUUACUUUAGUUAUCAUGGCAGUCACUCCAUUUAUGUUAAUUACUGUAUUAUUUUUAGGUUUCUUUGCAACAAAGUUUACUGCAAAAGGAGAAAAUAGUUUAAGUGACGCUGGUGCUAUUGCUGAAGCUACAAUUGGUAAUAUGAGAACAGUUCAAUCACUUGGUCAAGAACAUGAAUUUGCUGAUGCUUAUGAUAAAAAAAUGGAUUCAAUUAAAAAGUAUUAUAUUCUUAGAGCUCAAGUUGUUGGUGUAGGACUUGGAAUGUUAUUGUUCUUUAUGAUGGGUUCAUUAGCUCUUGGUUCUUGGUAUGGCUCAUUAGUCAUUAGGGGUAAAGGUGCAAGUAAAGAUUGUUCUGCUGGUACUGUUAUGGUUGUCUUUAUGUCUGUAUUAAUGGCUACAAUGAGUAUUGCCCAAGUUGCAAUGCCAAUCAAUGCUUUAUCUACUGCUCAGGCUGCUGCAUAUAGAAUUUAUCAAACAAUUGAUAGAAUACCAGAUAUUGAUUGUAGAUCUACAGCUGGAUUAGUUCCAACUGAGUGUAUUGGAAAUAUUAAAUUAGAAGAUGUUCAAUUUAGAUAUCCAACAAGACCAAAUAAACAAAUUCUUGGUGGACUUGACCUUGAAAUUAAGAAAGGAGAAACAGUUGCAUUAGUAGGAGCAUCAGGAUGUGGUAAGUCAACUACAAUUCAAUUAGUCCAAAGAGUCUAUGAUCCAGUUGGUGGAAAAGUAACAUUAGAUGGAAAUGAUUUAAGAGAGUUGAACUUGAAAUGGUUAAGAAAUCAAAUAGGAUUAGUUGGACAAGAACCUAUUUUGUUUGCAUGUACUAUUAGAGAAAAUAUUAUGCUUGGAGCUAAAGAUGGAGAAACACCAACUGAAGAAGAGAUGAUUGAAUGUGCUAAAAUGGCAAAUGCACAUGAAUUUAUUUCUCAUCUUCCAGAAGGAUAUGAUACAAUGGUAGGAGAAAGAGGAGCUGCAUUAUCAGGAGGACAAAAACAAAGAAUUGCUAUUGCACGUGCAUUGAUUAGAAAACCUACAAUUUUAUUACUUGAUGAAGCUACAUCAGCACUUGAUACACAAAGUGAAAAGAUUGUACAACAAGCACUUGAAAAAGCUAGUCAAGGAAGAACAACAAUUAUUGUAGCACAUAGAUUAACAACUGUUAGAAAUGCAAAUAGAAUUUGUGUAUUCCAUCAAGGAGAAAUUAUUGAACAAGGAACACAUCAAGAAUUAAUGGAUUUGAAAGCAACAUAUUAUGGAUUAGUUAAAAGACAAAGUAUGGAAGAAGAAGUUGAUCAAGAAACAGUUGAAAAUGACUUAAAGAAAUUUAGAGAACAAGAAGAUAAAGAGGCAGAACAAGGAAUACUUCAUAAAGAAGAGAGUAGUACAUUAGAAAGUAGUGAUGUUGUUGAACGAUUAACAAAAGAAUAUGAAGCUGAAACAAAAUACUUAAAGCACUCAAAUAGAUUUGUAUUAUUAAGAGUAUUAUUAAAUAAUUUCAGACAUGAAUGGUUGUUAUCAUUUUUAGGACUUAUUGGAGGAAUUGGUGCAGGUGCAGUAUUCCCAUUUUAUAUGAUUCAAUUUAUUGGACUCUUGAUGACAUUGAUGGGAAUGAGUCCUGAUGUUGAACCAACAACAGAACAACUCCAUACUGUAAGAAAUAAAUGUAUUUGGAUUCUUCUCUUUGGAUUAGCAGUAUUUGUAACAACAUAUAUGUAUCUUGGAUUAUUCUUAUCAGCAGGAGAAAAGAUGAUUGUUAGAUUAAGAAAAUUAUUAUACUCAGCAUUAUUAAGACAAAACAUUUCUUAUUAUGACAGAAAAGAAAAUAUGGUUGGUAAAGUUACAACUCGACUUGCAUCUGAUCCAACAACAUUAAAAGGUAUUUCAGGUGAACGAGUAGGUAAUGUUGUUAAUACUCUUUCUUCUGUAGGGUUUGGAGUAGGAAUAGCAUUUUAUUAUGAUUGGAAAGUAGCUUUGUGUGUUAUGGCAAUUGCACCAGUCUUAAUUGUUAUUGUCUUCUUAAAUGGAAAAUUAAAUUCAAUUCAAUCAUCUCCAGCAACUGCUGCAUAUGAACAAUCUGGAAUUACAUUAGUAGAAGCUGUUGAAUCAAUUAAGACUGUUCAGUCAUUAACAAGAGAAGAUUUCUUCUAUAAUAAAUUUGCAGCUGAUUUAAAACGACCCAAAAAGAAUAUCCUUCGAUGGGGUCCAACAUUGGCAUUUGUUUCUGCAGCUAAUACUUUUGUAACAAGUUGUAUUAGUGCCUAUUCAUUCUAUAUUGGAACUUAUUUAAUCAAAAAGAAGAGUGAUUAUAAUAUGGAAUUUUUACCAUUCACUGCUCAAUUUAUGGAUAGUUUUACUAAGAUGCAAAAGGCAAUGAUGUCAAUUAUGAUGGCAGCAAAUAGUUGUGGUAAUUUAGGUCAAAUGAUUCCUGAUGUUGGAAAAGCUAUUGAAGCAGCAAAGAAUACAUUUGAUGUUCUUGACAGAAAACCAAGUAUUGAUUGUUAUAGUGAAGAAGGUGAAACAUUUAAUGAUGUUAAAGGUGAAAUUGAAUUUAAAGACAUUUGUUUCAGAUAUCCAACAAGACCAGACAAUGCUGUUUUGAAAGGUAUUUCAUUUAAAGCAGAACAAGGAAAAACAAUUGCAUUAGUAGGAGCAUCAGGAUGUGGUAAAUCAACAUCAAUUCAAUUGAUUGAAAGAUUUUAUGAUCCAACAUAUGGAGAUGUAUUAUUAGAUGGACAUAAUAUCAAAGAUUUGAAUAUUCAUUUCUUAAGAAGUCAAAUUGGAAUGGUAGGACAAGAACCAGUAUUAUUUGCUGAAAGUGUUAUAGAUAAUAUUAGAAGAGGAGUACCUAAAGGAGUUGAAGUAAGUAAUGAACAAAUUUAUGCUGCUGCUAAAAUGGCAAAUGCACAUGACUUUAUUUCAGCAAUGCCAGAAGGAUAUAACACAAUGGUAGGUGAUAGAGGUGCACAAAUUUCAGGAGGACAAAAACAAAGAAUUGCUAUUGCACGUGCAUUGAUUAGAAAUCCAAAAGUGUUAUUACUCGAUGAAGCUACAUCAGCACUUGAUUCAGAAAGUGAAAAGAUUGUACAAGAUGCACUUGACAAAGCAGCAAAAGGAAGAACAACAAUUGUAAUUGCACAUAGAUUAUCAACUAUUCAAAAUGCAGAUCAAAUAUGUGUUAUUAUGAGAGGAAAAAUUGCAGAAAGAGGAACACAUCAAGAAUUAAUAGAUUUGAAAGGAUUUUAUUAUACACUUGCUAUGCAACAAUUUGGAACAGUUUAA